AAUAUCCACCCGAACUUGUGAAAUCCUUUACUCUAUAAACGAUGUCUUGUUAUGUUUACAGAUCAAAUCACGUGAGAAAUAUCUGUUCCCACUGUCUAUAAAGGUUGUACCUAGACUAUUUGAUCAUUCGGUUGAGUCGAAGUAUGGUUUCACAUUUAACUUGAAGGAACAACAAGAGAACAAGGAGAUCAUGAAACUGUUGAUAUUUGGAUUAUUUCAUUACAUCGUCGCAUGGACAUCCCUAGCAUUUCCAACAUCUGCCCCUAGAAACCUGAGUGUCACCAGGUCUAAAACCUUGUCGAACACACUUGACCUUCUGUGGGAGCCACCGGUCAAUCCAGGGGAAGAAAUAAUAGGAUAUACGAUCUACUACUCGAUCGAUACGCCAGAGUCCCCUAGCGACUGGAAAGUGAAAGCUACUUUUGGGAACAACACUUUUACGAACAUUCCUGUACCGGAACUUGUGACAUCUAAUAGCAAGUAUAAUUUUCGGUUACAAGCAAAGGGAAGAAGUGGAACCGGACCUGUUUCAGAAGAAUUUUCUUUUGAUGUCUCGGAACGUUCCAGAAGCAGUAGCUUGCUGCCCCCAAGAGCGCACUGCAGCCUUCCGAAAGAGCAGGGGCCGUGUAACUGGUAUGUACGUCGCUAUUAUUACAGUCCAUACUAUAAUCAGUGCCUACAGUUUACUUACGGAGGAUGUGGAGGAAAUGAAAACAACUUUGACACCAAGAAAGAUUGUGAGGAUUAUUGUACGAAGGAAACGAUCACACCAGAAAGGGACGUCUGUUCGCAACCAAAGGACAGUGGGCCCUGCUAUGCAUCCAUCCCACGGUAUUACUACGACCAAAGUCAACAGAGGUGCGUAUCCUUUAUAUAUGGUGGUUGCAGAGGGAACGACAAUAACUUCGGUACCGUUGAAGAAUGUGAAAGCCGAUGUGUAAGACAAG